ACACCCGUUUGUAAUGUCACCUCAAGUCGUGUGCGAAUUGUGUUUGCGGGCGAUAUGUCAACAUAUUUAAAUUUGAUGAGGUCACUCAUCGAGCAGACUGUUAUCGAGGUACUCGGCAAUGAACUGUGUCAAAUCUCCGUUAAGGUUGCGCGCUUCUUCGAACAGUCAAAGCGACAGGUCAGCUCAAUGUGA